AUGGAAACCAAACUUACUGCUGUGGAUUGGCAACCUAUUUUGAAUGCUACAGGUUUCAACAAUUAUGUGGCAUUUGACUGUGUCUGCUCUGAUCGAGGCCGAAGUGGCGGGCUGUGUCUCAUUUGGAUGGAUGAUUUGAAGGUUACUUUGAAAUCCUCAUCUGAGCAUCAUAUCUUGGAAACUAUAGAGGAUGAUAUUCAUGAUGCAUGGGACUUUUGCGGUAUCUAUGGGUGGAGCAAAACUGACGAGCACGUGCUCAUGUGGAACCUCAUGAGAGAUGUGUUAUCCGAUGUAAACUCUAAGUGGAUCUGCGUGGGAGACUUUAAUGAGACUAUGUAUCACUUCGAAAAGCGAGGAGGAAAUUUGAAGACGGAUUUGAGACUUGAGUUGUUUAGAUCUACUGUGGAGUCUUGCAAUCUCAUUGACCUCGGUUUUUCAGGGGAUCCGUUUACUUGGUCCAACAAUCAGAGAGGGGCGGACAACAUUAUGGAAAGAUUAGAUAGAAUUUUUGGAAGCUCAGAAUGGAUGAGUUUGUAUCCUGGGUUUGAAGUGACUCAUCUCUUAAGAAAGGCCAGUGAUCAUUGUCAUUUGCUUCUUUCGUUGGAGACUAGUUCGGAGAAAAUGCAGAAUAGACCUAAACCAUUUCGGUUCGAGGCAAUGUGGCUUAGGAAUGAGAGUUGUAAGGAGCUUUGUGAGAAAAUGUGGCAGUCUGGUCUUGGCUCACGGUCGGUAUCUGAUCUUAAACAGAAAAUUGAAGAUAUGGGGAGGGAACUUAAGAUUUGGGAAAAAGAGGUCUUCGGCAAUGUUAGAAAGAAAUGCGCUGAGCUCAGGGAGCGACUAGCCAUUCUGAAAAAAUCGAACAUGGAAGCCUGGUCCAAAGAUGAACAACGUAUGAUUGAGGAUGAGCUUGAUGAACUUCUAAAACAGGAGGAGCUGAUGUGGAAACAAAGAUCGCGGGCUGAUUGGAUUAAUCAUGGGGAUAGAAACACUGGUUUCUUUCACAAGGUAGCUGAGGAUCGGAAAAAACGUAACCACAUCAAAGAAAUCCGAAGAAAUGAUGGCAGUCUGACGAGGAAGAAUUCAGAGAUGGAUGAAACGCUCAGUUCCUACUUUAGGGGGCUCUUCACUUCGGGAUCACCUCAUAACCCCUCUGAAGUCCUGCAAUCUAUUGAGCCGGUAGUCACGGACGAGAUGAAUGGUGAACUCACUCGCCCAUUCACUCAAGAGGAAAUUGUCCUUGCUCUCAAGCAUAUGCAUCCUCUUAAGGCUCCGGGGCCUGACGGUAUGCCUUUGAAUACUGCUAAUUCUCACGGUGUUUUUGCUUUUAAACUCGAUUUGGCGAAAGCCUAUGAUCGAGUUGAAUGGAAUUUCCUGGACUCCAUUAUGAGGCAUUUGGGUUUUGCCCCUUUAUUUGUGGAUCUUAUUAUGCGCUGUGUGACCUCUGUUUCCUUCCGAGUUUUGGGUUGCUUCGCAAAGCUGAGACAAAUAAUCUGCUCCAUGGUGCCCGUCUCUGUAGAACUGCACCGAGGGUCAGCCACCUUCUCUUUGCACAUGACUGCAUCAUCUUUGGUCGUGGGAAUGAAAGGGAGGAUUAAAGUGGAGCUGGCGACUUUGCUGGGGGUCAUCCGAAGCGGGCAACGAGGCUCUUAUCUCGGAAUCCCAAGUUCGAUUGGUAGGUCUAAAAGCGAGAUCUUUCAAAUGUUGGUUGACAGAAUGAGGAAAAAAUCAAAAGAUUGGAAAAGAAGAUUCUUGUCUGGAGCUAGGAAAAUGGUCCUCAUAAAGGCUGUUCUUCAGUCUAUACCGACUUAUUUGAUGAGUUGUUUUGCCAUUCCGGAACAGAUUUGUCAGAGACUUAAUAGUUUGGCGGCGAACUUCUUUUGGGGUCAGAAACAUGAAGAGAGAAGGAUUCAUUGGAGGAGUUGGAAAAUACUUUGCGUUGCUAAAGGUGACGGGGGUUUGGGUUUUCGGGAUAUUGGUUUAUUUAAUCAAGCUUUACUUGCUAAACAAGCGUGGCGCCUCCUUAUUCAUGAUGAUACUCUUAUUGCUCGAUCUUUAAAGGCACGGUACUACCCGCAGAAUGAUCUGCUUUUAGCUGGAAUCGCUCAUAACCCAUCUUACGUAUGGAAAAGCAUCCUUCUUGGCAGAAAUCUACUUGCGGCUGGAUUGGCUUGGAAGCUGGGGAAUGGCAGUAGAAUCAGGAUCGGCGAGGACCCUUGGUUACCUGAUGGCACGGGACAGUUCAAGGUGGCUAGAGUUUCUGAGGAACACAACUUAUUAAGGGUGAAAGAUUUGUUGAACGAGGAAACUAAUUCUUGGGAUAGUCAAGUUUGGAGACGGUCUUGA